AUGGCUCGUAAGAAUCAGAAGCUGAACUGUUCGUUUAUUUCACUUAUACCUAUGAAGGAGGACUCGUGUACACCGAGAGACUACAUGCCAUUAAGUAUGCUUGGUACUGCAUAUAAGAUUUUAUCAAAGGGAGCUUUUGUUAAGGAGAGGCAGGUCGUAGAUGGAGUGUUGAUUGCCAAUGUGUUCGACAAUGUGAAGUGGAAGGUUAUGUUGAGGAUACUGGAAAAACAUGGAUUUGGAAGUAGGUGGAUUUCAUGGAUGAAUUGGUGUGUCUCUACUGCAAACAUAUCAAUUUUGGUAAAUGGAAGUUCGAUAGAAAGGUUUAAGACGUCAAAAUGUUUCCGACAAGGUGACUCAUUGUCGCCUUUCCUGUUUUUGCUAGUGGUGGAGAUUUUGUCAAAAUUGGUUGAUGAUGCGGUGUUAAGGGGGGAAAUUCAUGGUUUUCAGGUUGCCGAGGAUGGUCUUAUGACAUCUCAUCUGCAAUUCGCGGAUGAUACUUUGGUUUUUAUCGAUGCAAAUGCAGAUGAGGAGUAUGUGUAA